AGAGCCAGAGGUCAGCUAGGUAGCUACAGGACAAUGGUACCAGGAAGAAUAAACAUGUGAAAUGUCGCCAUUUUGUACUCGGCAGAAUAUAUGACAAAAGUGCCAUUACCAUGGACCCUGAGAACAGCCUUCAGGAUGUGUUACGGUGUCAUCUCUGUGAGACCCCGGGCCCCCCUAUGUACUGUGUCAUUUGUAACAAAUAUCUGUGUAAAGCCUGUGAGGGGGACCAUCUCUCUGAUCUAUCCAAAGAACACAAAGUUGUGCCAUUUAAAAAGAGAGGAUAUACUCCAAAGUGUCAAAAACAUUCCUCAAAAAUAUGUGAACAUUACUGUGAGCAAUGUAACAUUCCUAUUUGUGCAUCAUGUCUUUCCUCUGAAGAACACAAUGGCCAUAAAUUUAUUGAAAUAACUAAAACUAUGGACAACAAGAAAGAAAUCAUUCAAAAAAAUUUACAUGAACUAGAGAAAUCCAUUUAUCUUAAAUACCAAGAGAUUGCAUCCAUUAUCACAGUCCAGAAAUCUGCUCUGAAUGAAAACUCCCAGAAAUUAACAACAGAAAUCGACAGACAUGGAGAAGACUUGCACAGAGAAAUAAACACUAUUAUCAGAAACAUGAAAUCUAACGUGGAGGAAAUGGACACCAAACACCUGGCUACACUAAAUCAACAGGAAGAUGAAAUCAAACACACCAUUUCUGAAAUCACACAGACCAUUACUGAACUAAAGACAUUACUGGACUCCAAUGAUGUCAGCCGUGUCUCUGCCUACAAAUCCAGGAAUGAUGAAUUCAGAAGAUUGCCUCCUAAACUCACAGUGUCCUUACCAAGUUUUACCCCUCAGAAGAUCAACAAAGAACAGCUUUAUCAACAGUUUGGUUCUCUGUCAGCGUCAUCUAUCAAAACAGAAGAACAUGGCUACACCAUGGAAUCUCCCGGUGCUGAGUCCUCUCCCCCGGACAGACCGCUCAUUGAUGUACCACGGAUCAUCACACAGAUAAACACCGAGUGUGGAGUAUUAAAUCCAUUAGAGAGUGUGUCCUGUCUGAGUGAUGAGGAGAUGUGGACGUGUGGUGGUGACAACAUCAUGAGACUGUACAACCUCAGUGGGGAACUAGUGAAGUCAGUCAAAACCAAGUCAGGGAACGGUCCACUGGACAUAGCAGUGACAAGGAGUGGGGAUCUAGUUUAUACUGAUUACAAAGAUAGAACUGUGAACAUAGUGAAGAAUACACAGAUACAGACAGUGAUCAGACUACAGGGGUGGAGACCUCUCGGUGUCUGUAGUACCUCCUCUGGUGACCUCCUGGUUGUCAUGGACAGUGAUGAUGAUAAACAAACAAAAGUUGUGUGUUACUCUGGCUCCACAGAGAAACAAAGUAUUCAGUACGACGACAAAGGACAACCUCUCUAUUCAUCUGGUGGCAUUAAAUACAUCAGUGAGAACAGGAACCUAGAUAUCUGUGUGUCAGACUGUAAGGCCCGUGCAGUAGUGGUGGUCAAUCAGGCCGGGAAACUCCGGUUUACCUACACUGGUCCUCCCUCUACUACCGAGGAAUCAUUCUAUCCACGCGGCAUCACAACAGACAGCCAGGGUCGCAUCCUGACAGCAGACUUUAACAACUACUAUAUCCACAUCCUGGAUCAGGACGGACAGUUCCUCCGCUACAUUGACAACUGUGAUUUACAGGAUCCAUGGGGUUUAUGUGUGGACACCAGAGACAACCUCUUUGUGGCUGAGUUAACAGGUACAGUGAAGAAAAUACAAUACAUGUAACAUGUGCUUUAUAUUUUACGACUGUAGUACUUUAAUGUGUCUAUAGAUUACAUACACGGGUGUAAAUAAAACUUUGUAUAAAUAUAUUUCAUUUAAAUUAAAAAAAAAAAAUUAUCUCGUACAUGCAUAACAUAUAACACGCUGUUUAGUUUUAUAUCUAUACAUUAGAGUGUAUGUGUACAUGUGUUAUACAUUAGAGUGUAUGUGUACAUGUGUUAUACAUUAGAGUGUAUGUGUACAUGUGUUACAUUGUCAAUUGAGUAUAUAUACAUGAAUUGUUUGUUAACGAACUGAUUAUGUGUGAAACAUGUAAACAAUUAUACACAAUAUACCAGUUUUAAAGUAGUGAAUUUUUUAAUGCAUUUGGUGUCAACAAAUUGAUUUUUCAUGGUUUUAACUUUAUAUGUGCAUGAACUUUAUGAAUGGAAAAUGAAAAAAAGGAUUUAUAUACACUUGUAAAAAAUUGUAAUACUAGAUAUGGAGACCUGUGAUUUUAUUAGAUGAAUAUUUUGAAUACAAUAAAUGAUUAACUGUA